AUGUUUAAAUCCAUUAAACAUGGAGUAACCAGUUGUACAAUUCAUCAUAUAUGUCUGAGCCUGCUGCGGGUGGGCACCCAGCAGGGCCUCUCGGGCUCGGACGCCCGCCACCGCCACCACCACCCCCGGACCCACCUGCCCCUCAGGACCUUCCUCCUGCAGCUGCUGGCCACCUGCCAGCCGUGUGCCUGCGCCCACCAGUUCACCGUCCAGGCCCAACUCUCGCCCCACUUGGGCCUGACGCUCACCUACUUCUUCACGCUGGUCCACCGGCUGACCCUGGCCUGCUCCUUCUGCAACCCACGUGCCGUGCUGGCUGGAGAAGGUGGCCAUGGAGCGGCCGCAGUGAGGGCCGUCCUGAAGAUCCUGGCCCAGGUGGCCGGGGCCCUGUCCGUCUGGAGCUUCAGCCUCAUCGAGAAGCACCACGUCAACUGGGACCAGCCCUGCCGGAACCCCCGGCACGCCGACGUGCCCAAGGCCUGCCUGGUGGAGGCCAUCUGCUCCUUUUAUUACCACAGCGCUGUCAUCCAGUUCAAGGACAUCCGGCCCAAGCUGCGCAUCCACCUGUUGGCUGCCCUCAUCACCUUCCUGGUCUUCGCAGGUCGGUUGGAGCCGCCGCCGCCGCCUGCCCAGAGGCCUGGACCGCCGAGGCCGGACAGGCAGACCGCCCCAACCGGCCCUUGA